UUGACACACAAUGAGGAGCAGGGAAUAACCUCGCGAAACGCCGCUGUAAAUAAAUAACGUUAGAAGAAUAACUGAAGCCACAGAAUCAUGGAGAAUCAGUGCACAGUCCAGGUGAAGCUGGAGCUAGGACAUCGAGCCCAGCUGAGGAAGAAAGUAACCUCGGAGGGCUUCACCCAUGACUGGAUGGUGUUUGUGCGAGGGCCUGAGACGGGGGACAUACAACACUUUGUUGAGAAGGUCGUCUUCAGGCUGCACGAGAGCUUCCCCAAACCCAAGAGAGUAUGCAAGGAGCCACCAUAUAAAGUGGAGGAGUCGGGCUAUGCAGGGUUCCUCAUGCCCAUCGAGGUCUACUUCAAGAACAAGGAGGAGCCCAAGAAGGUGUGCUUCAACUAUGACCUCUUCCUGAACCUGGAGGGGAACCCCCCUGUCAAUCACCUGCGCUGUGAGAAGCUCACCUUUAACAACCCCACCCGGGAGUUCAGACGCAAGCUGGUCAAGGCUGGAGGGGUCAUGGUGGUGCCAGAAGGGGCAGAGGCGGUGUCGAGGCCCAGUCCAGACUACCCCAUGCUCCCCACCAUCCCACUGUCUGCCUUCUCAGACCCCAAGAAGACAAAGACCUCCCAUGGAUCAAAGGAGCCCAGUAAAGAGGGCAGUGGAGGCAGCAAUAAAGGGCCCAAGCCCCACAAGCUGACCAAGGAGCACCGCGAACGCCCACGUAAAGACUCUGAGAGCAAGGCGGGGUCCAAGGGUGACAGCGACCGAGACGGGGGAGGAGGGGGCAGCAGCAAGAGCUCCCGCGAGCCCUCCUCUUCCUCGUCCAAGAAGCCAGCAGAGAUCAAAGUCAAAGAUGAGGGCAAGGUCCUUCCCAAGGCCGCCUUCAAAGAGCCCAAACUCACCCUGAAGGAGGCCAAGAUGGAGGGCAUGUCCCCCAAAGGAGGGGGGGGAGGGGGUGGUGGGGGAGGAGGAGGGGGCCCGCUGGAGUCCAAAGGCCCCGGGAAGCGGCCCUCCACUGUGGAGUCUCCCAAACCCAGUGCCAAGAAGCAGAAGAAGAGCAGCUCAGAGGGAUCUAAAGGGGCAGCUGCAGGGCCCUUCACCGGAGCCUCUCCCCGGGUCUCCUCAUCGUCUGCAGCCGCCCCUGGCUACCCAGAGAAGAAACCCAAGGAGAAGGGUCGUUGGCCCAAGGGCAGCAAGGCCGAUACUCAGGAGGUCAAGGAGCCCAAGAAGCUGCCUGAGUCUGACGACUCCAACUCUGAGGAUGAAGCCUCAUCCAAAUCAGAGCAGUCAGCCCCCUCCAGUCCCUCUAACUCAAGCUCCAGCUCUGAUUCCAGCUCAGAAUCUGACUUUGAGCCUGGACAGAAACAAGGCCAAGGCCCACUGCGCUCUAUGGUGGAGGACCUACAGUCAGAGGAGUCAGAUGACGACAGCAGCUCUGAGGAAGGGACGCCUGUCAAGACCAACCCGCCCAACCGUGACUCACGACUGAGCCUGGACAGUGAGAGUGACAGCAGUGACGGCUCGCACCGCCCCAGUCGAGACCCGGUGCCACCUCCACAGAAACACACCUCCAAUAACAAGGUCUUGGGCAGGAAGAGCCCAGACAUCUGCAGCCGCCCAGAGAAGGUGCUGAAGAAAGGAUACGAGAAGGCUUACACAGAGGAGCUGGUGGACCUCCACCGCAGACUGAUGGCUCUGAGGGAGCGCAACGUCCUACAGCAGAUAGUGAAUCUUAUUGAGGAGACGGGGCACUUCAAUGUGACCAACACCACCUUUGACUUUGACCUGUUCUCUCUGGACGAGACGACCGUCCGCAAACUACAGAGCUACCUUGAGGACACAGCAACGUGACAGCAAGCCCGUAGCGCAGUCCCUGGACCCCCACUGGGGGGGAGUAGUAACAGAAGCUACAGCCACACACCAGACAGAGCUAAACCACAGAACAACAACAGAACACACACUUUCACUUGUCGCUGGAGAAGAACAGAGGAACAGGGUGAGGGGAGGAGAGAGGUCAGAGUAAGAGAGAGCAGCUAUGCCACUGUCCCUCUAACCUGGACUGGACUGGAGGACAGGACUAGGAGCUGGCCUGUCUGGACUGGAUCUGGCAGGAGACGUAUUAUAUAUGUUUCUUGUGGAGAACAGCACAACAGCCUGUGUGCAGAACUGUGGAAUGCGACCACUCUACUCUCCCUCCUGCCCUCCCCCCUCACUUCUAGCCUUUGCAAACCCAAUACUUCCCCCCUCUCUCUCCUCCCUCCCCACUCACACUCCCUUAGUCGACACAACACUCCUCCCUUCCCCCUCCUCUCAGCUGGAGUUCAUUUCUCUGUAGGAAUUUUCCGGUCUAGAUGUGUGUGAGUGUGUGUGUCUGGGUGAGUGUGUGUGUCUGGGUGAGUGUGUGUGUGUCUGGGUGAGUGUGUGUGUGUGUCUGGGUGAGUGUGUGUGUGUGUCUGGGUGAGUGUGUGUGUGUGUCUGGGUGAGUGUGUGUGUGUGUCUGGGUGAGUGUGUGUGUGUGUCUGGGUGAGUGUGUGUGUGUCUGGGUGAGUGUGUGUGUGUGUGUGUGUGUGUGUGUCUGGGUGAGUGUGUGUGUGUGUGUGUCUGGGUGAGUGUGUGUGUGUGUGUGUCUGGGUGAGUGUGUGUGUGUGUCUGGGUGAGUGUGUGUGUGUGUCUGGGUGAGUGUGUGUGUGUGUCUGGGUGAGUGUGUGUGUGUGUCUGGGUGAGUGUGUGUGUGUGUCUGGGUGAGUGUGUGUGUGUGUCUGGGUGAGUGUGUCUGGGUGAGUGUGUCUGGGUGUGUGUGUGUGUGUGUGUGUCUGGGUGAGUGUGUGUGUCUGGGUGAGUGUGUGUGUCUGGGUGAGUGUGUGUGUGGGUGUGUCUGGGUGUGUCUGGGUGAGUGUGUGUGUCUGGGUGAGUGUGUGUGUCUGGGUGAGUGUGUGUGUCUGGGUGAGUGUGUGUGUCUGGGUGAGUGUGUGUGUCUGGGUGAGUGAGUGUGUCUGGGUGAGUGUGUGUGUGUGUGUGUGUGUGUGUGUGUGUGUCUGGGUGAGUGUGUCUGGGUGAGUGUGUGGGUGUGUGUGUGUGUGUGUGUGUGUCUGGGUGAGUGUGUGUGUGUGUCUGGGUGAGUGUGUGUGUGUGUCUGGGUGAGUGUGUGUGUGUGUCUGGGUGUGUCUGGGUGUGUGUGUCUGGGUGUGUGUGUCUGGGUGUGUGUGUGUGUGUGUGUCUGGGUGAGUGUGUCUGGGUGAGUGUGUGUGAGUGUGUGUGUCUGGGUGAGUGUGUGUCUGUGUGUGUCUGGGUGAGUGUGUGUGUCUGGGUGAGUGUGUGUGUCUGGGUGAGUGUGUGUGUCUGGGUGAGUGUGUGUGUCUGGGUGAGUGUGUGUGUCUGGGUGAGUGUGUGUGUCUGGGUGAGUGUGUGUGUCUGGGUGAGUGUGUGUGUGUGUGUGUGUCUGGGUGAGUGUGUCUGGGUGAGUGUGUGUGUGUGUGUCUGGGUGAGUGUGUGUCUGGAUGUGUGUGUGUCUGGGUGAGUGUGUGUGUGUCUGGGUGAGUGUGUGUCUGGGUGAGUGUGUGUCUGGGUGAGUGUGUGUCUGGGUGAGUGUGUGUCUGGGUGAGUGUGUGUCUGGGUGAGUGUGUGUCUGGGUGAGUGAGUGUGUCUGGGUGAGUGUGUGUCUGGGUGAGUGUGUCUGGGUGAGUGUGUGUGUGUGUGUCUGGGUGAGUGUGUGUCUGGAUGUGUGUGUGUCUGGGUGAGUGUGUGUGUGUCUGGGUGAGUGUGUGUCUGGAUGUGUGUGUGUCUGGGUGAGUGUGUGUCUGGGUGAGUGUGUGUCUGGGUGAGUGUGUGUGUGUGUGUCUGGGUGAGUGUGUGUGUGUGUGUCUGGGUGAGUGUGUGUGUGUGUCUGGGUGAGUGUGUGUGUGUGUGUGUGUCUGGGUGAGUGUGUGUGUGUGUCUGGGUGAGGGUGUGUGUCUGGGUGAGUGUGUGUCUGGGUGAGUGUGUCUGGGUGGGUGAGUGUGUGUGUCUGGGUGAGUGUGUGUCUGGGUGAGUGUGUGUGUGGGUGUGUCUGGGUGAGUGUGUGUGUCUGGGUGAGUGUGUGUGUCUGGGUGAGUGUGUGUGUCUGGGUGAGUGUGUGUGUCUGGGUGAGUGUGUGUGUGUGUCUGGGUGUGUGUGUGUGUGUGUCUGGGUGUGUCUGGGUGAGUGUGUGUCUGGAUGUGUGUGUGUCUGGGUGAGUGUGUGUCUGGAUGUGUGUGUGUCUGGGUGAGUGUGUGUCUGGGUGAGUGUGUCUGGGUGAGUGUGUGGGUGUGUGUGUCUGGGUGAGUGUGUGUGUGUGUGUCUGGGUGAGUGUGUGUCUGGGUGAGUGUGUGUCUGGAUGUGUGGGUGAGUGUGUGUGUGUCUGGGUGAGUGUGUGUGUGUCUGGGUGAGUGUGUGUGUGUGUGUCUGGGUGAGUGUGUGUGUGUGUGUCUGGGUGAGUGUGUGUGUGUGUGUGUCUGGGUGAGUGUGUGUGUGUGUGUCUGGGUGAGUGUGUGUGUGUGUGUCUGGGUGAGUGUGUGUGUGUGUGUGUCUGGGUGAGUGUGUGUGUGUGUGUGUGUCUGGGUGAGUGUGUGUGUGUGUGUCUGGGUGUGUGUGUGUGUGUGUGUCUGGGUGAGUGUGUGUGUGUGUGUGUGUGUGUCUGGGUGAGUGUGUGUCUGGAUGUGUGUGUGUCUGGGUGAGUGUGUGUCUGGGUGAGUGUGUCUGGGUGAGUGUGUGGGUGUGUGUGUCUGGGUGAGUGUGUGUGUGUGUGUCUGGGUGAGUGUGUGUCUGGGUGAGUGUGUGUCUGGAUGUGUGGGUGAGUGUGUGUGUGUCUGGGUGAGUGUGUGUGUGUCUGGGUGAGUGUGUGUGUGUGUGUCUGGGUGAGUGUGUGUGUGUGUGUGUGUCUGGGUGAGUGUGUGUGUGUGUGUGUCUGGGUGAGUGUGUGUGUGUGUGUGUCUGGGUGAGUGUGUGUGUGUCUGGGUGAGUGUGUGUGUGUGUCUGGGUGAGUGUGUGUGUGUGUGUGUGUCUGGGUGAGUGUGUGUGUGUGUGUGUGUGUGUGUGUGUGUGUCUGGGUGUGUGUGUGUGUGUGUGUGUGUGUGUCUGGGUGAGUGUGUGUGUGUGUGUGUGUGUCUGGGUGAGUGUGUGUGUGUGUGUGUGUCUGGGUGAGUGUGUGUGUGUGUGUGUCUGGGUGAGUGUGUGUGGGUGAGUGUGGGUGAGUGUGUGUGUGUGUGUGUCUGGGUGAGUGUGUGUGUGUGUGUCUGGGUGAGUGUGUGUGUGUGUCUGGGUGAGCAUUUCAGAGGCUGUAGGGGGAUGAUAUCUUUGGUUAGUGACUCUUUAAACUUGAGCACAAGCAGCAGCCCUUAAACACACACACACUGUGAGAGGCAUUUGGUUCCCAUUCCAGAGUGUCUUCACACAUGCAGGUACUAAGUUGUGUACGUGCCUGUUGGUGGUAGUGUGUUUUAGAUGGGGUUCAUCUCUUGUCUGUGCAGUUUCCCUUCACUUCCUCUUUGAAAGCUUAACCUCGACACCCCCUCCCCUCUUGUAUCUUGAUGUGCAUGAAAGGGCUCAAUUUCUGGGGAAAGGAUCAUUUCUGAAUUGCCUUUUUAGUGGUGGGGGGUAAAAAGCCGUGACAAGUAGCCAUAGUUUCCCAGAUCCAAGAAAAAAAAGGGGCCACGCUUUUUUACAUUUAAUUUUUGUACUGAUAUGUUUGGAGUAUUUUUGGGAUUGGAUUUCAGAUACCUGUGAGCUGUGAAUGUAUUCCUGUUCAUUUUCUAGGGCUAGCAACAAACCUACUAUCCUCUUAGUGCCUUUUAUGUCUGCCCACUGACACUGGUUAAAGAGCAAAGUCCUUCCUCUGACUAAAUGUUAAUUGGGAAGCCUGAAACUCCAGUUUUGUCUUAACAGUGCCCUCUCUUGAAAUCAGUUGAUGCUCCUCGUGCGGUUUGUCUGCAGAUUUGAAGCUUCUUCCAGGGAUCUAUCUCUGCUGUUAUAAGGAACAUAAGCCUUCCAGAAAUCCUAAGACACUGUGCAUUAGCAGUGGUCCUUUAGGGAUGUUCAGGCGUCUUCUCCAAAUGAUUGCCUUUUCUUUCCAGAUCUUAAUAUGAAUGGUUGUAUAGCUCAUGUUCUGUUGUCUGAGCUGUAGUUUUCUAUGGAAAGGGGCUGUUCCAGACCAGGCAUAUCAUUAUGGAAAGGGACCGUGCCAGACCAGGCAUAUCAUUAUGGAAAGGGACAGUGCCAGACCAGGCCAUAUCAUUAUGGAAAGGGACAGUGCCAGACCAGGCAUAUCAUUAUGGAAAGGGACAGUGCCAGACCAGGCCUAUCAUUAUGGAAAGGGACAGUGCCAGACCAGGCCUAUCAUUAUGGAAAGGGACAGUGCCAGACCAGGCCUAUCAUUAUGAAUAGGGACAGUGCCAGACCAGGCUUAUCAUUAUGAAUAGGGACAGUGCCAGACCAGGCUUAUCAUUAUGGAAAGGGACAGUGCCAGACCAGGCCUAUCAUUAUGGAAAGGGACAGUGCCAGACCAGGCUUAUCAUUAUGAAUAGGGACAGUGCCAGACCAGGCCUAUCAUUAUGGAAAGGGACAGUGCCAGACCAGGCCUAUCAUUAUGAAUAGGGACAGUGCCAGACCAGGCUUAUCAUUAUGAAUAGGGACAGUGCCAGACCAGGCCUAUCAUUAUGGAAAGGGACAGUGCCAGACCAGGCCUAUCAUUAUGAAUAGGGACAGUGCCAGACCAGGCCUAUCAUUAUGGAAAGGGACAGUGCCAGACCAGGCCUAUCAUUAUGAAUAGGGACAGUGCCAGACCAGGCCUAUCACUCAGUCAAUCUGCUAGACAUGUUCCUCUUACUGUGGUCCCUCUAGCCUUCACAUCCACUGUGGUUUCACACUCAGACUAAUGGGCUGUCUCUUCUUCUCUCUUUGGGUGAUCCCCUCCCUGCUUCAUUCCCCCUUCACUUUUCCUUCUGUUUCACCUCGUGAACAGUUGUAUUUAUUUAAAUUCUAAUAGCUUUAGUAGUUAUGUCCAUUCUGUUGCCUGCCUCUGCAAAGUGCACACUCACCUUUCUGGCCCUUCUCCUCUGUGAGGGUGCUGUGGUGUUAAGGACUCUGAAUGUGUGGUUCUGUUCUAGAGUGAAACAACUACCGCCUUAUUUUCCUCUCAGCAUCCACUCUGCUCUGUCCACCACCCCUUUAUUUGUCUGGGUGUGCCUAUGUCAACACAAGUCCCCGCAAGUGAUUUUUAAGAUGAAUUUGCAUCUGUGAGUGUGAUUGUGUGUGUCAAGCGAGUGGAAAAAGAGAAUGUUGCUGUCCUCGUGUGUGUGUGUGUGAACUUUUAACUCCCAAGUCCUAGUUCAUGAACUCUACCCCUUGACCGGGGGUGCUCAGUUUUCCCCUUGUCAUGGAGUUUGGGCGCAGUUGGGGGGGGAGGGGGAAGGGCCGCUAAAGGGGUGAGUGGCAGGGAGCCCUGUGCAGCUCUCCCAGAGAGAACCCCAUCUACCAUCUACGAACAGUCAAUCUUUUAUUUAUGUACCUCUGCACUUUUGGCUGUGGUGACUUAAGUACUUAAGUAAUUAUCUAAACUGUAUUUUUAAGAAUUUUAUACAAUAUUUACAUGCAAUACAAAUAGAUUUUUUGCCAACGUUUUUUAAAAUUCUUAUUUAAUUGUUUUUAUUUGUAUUGGCAUGUUUUGUCAUUAUACAUACAGAAACAUGCUGUCAGUUCUGUUAAUUCUAGUGUUGCGUCAAGGAAACCUUCCCUAAAUGUUGUAUUGUGUAUCAUAGUUGUUGCAGUUGAACACCAUGGAACAGGUGUUGGGAAUAUGUUUGAUGUAUGAGCUAAUCAUGUCGAUAUCAUCCAGUAUAAUUAUAUCAAGCAGGAAAAGGUGGACUUUUCAGUGAGAAUAAGUAUUUUUAUGUGUAUGUCCUAUUAUAAUUUGAGUGUUUUUAACUCAAAGUGAGGCAGCGUUCUAUUUGUCCGUACUCUAUGAGGUAUGGUUACGAAGCCCAGGCAUAAACUGUCACCCCCCCGUUCAAUAUCUCUCUGUAUUUUUAUCCAAUUUCGACCCCUUAACCUCUUAAAUAAGAACACCAUAGGAAGAGAUACCAUGCCAAUUCAAACUAUAUUCUAUAGUCUCUCUCUCUCUCUCUCUCUCUCUCUCUCUCUCUCUCUCUCUCUCUCUCUCUCUCUCUCUCUCUCUCUCUCUCUCUCUCUCUCUCUCUCUCUCUCUCUCUCUCUCUUAUUCAUAUAUAUAUAUAUAUCCAUAUGAAUAUGAUAAGCAAAGGUAGAUCAUCUACUCUGAAUGUUAACAGGAAAAAAAAUACAAAUAAGCAACGAAUGGUGACUGUUCCUUAGGAAUGUGAGGUGGCAUGGGCAGAGGGAUGUUUUCUGUAUCAGUGGUUAUUAUAAGUGUCUCUAACCAGGUUUCCAUCCAACUUUUUUAUAUGAGUAAAGUACAUAUCGGAUAAAAACAUCAUGACCAGUCUAAUGGAGACAACCUUUUCGGUAAACUUGACAAAUGUCGACAAAACAAAAUACGCUGGACAAGGUGGGAUAUUUGUGUGUAGGUAAAAUGAAUUAUGAACGAAAUGUAUCUGGAAACUCAUUUAUGCGCACAUAUUGAUUAAGACAUCUGGAGUCACGCGAUGACGUGUGGUUCUCCCUCUACGAUUCGUCGGGAAAGCAUGCAGUUUAUUAAAUUACAGAUUAAAUUAAUAAUUAUCUUAGACCAGUGUUUUCCAACUCCGGUCCUCCAGUACCCCCAACGUCACACUUUUAUUGUAGCCCCGGACAAAAACACCUGAUUCAAUUUGUCAAGGACUUGAUGAUUAGUUGACAAGUAGUAUCAAGUUUGCUUGUCCUGGGCCACAACAGACCGAGUUUGGGAACCCUUCGGCUAGAGCUCAGGUGUCAAUACCAGAUUGGGCACACUCGCUAUAUAACGCAAAAUGCUUUGUUAGAACCUUCAGUAUAGUUAAAAAUGCGACGGAAACUGUAAUAGUAUUUUUUUAUUCGGUACAUGGGAAUUUGUUUGAAUGUGCCUACGUCAUGCACAGCCUUUUUAUUUGCAACGAGUCCAUUUGAUGGUAACGCAUCUCUGGUGGGAAAAUGAACAUACUGCUUUUAUGCGGAUUUUAGAAUAUUCGCAUGAAAAUCUGUCGCCAAUUGGAUGGAAACCUAGUUUGUGACAGGGAACGUGUAAGCUUUAUUUGUCAAAGCAGGGUUUGCUGGCGGGAAGGGGUGAUAAAGUGCUACCAUGGGCUGAACGGCAGAACAACACGAUUUGGUAUUUUAAACUUGGCAUACGAUGCCACCAUGUGGCCAUACAAUGCAAGUUGUGUUAAGUACAAAAAUGAUAUUUUAAUGUUAUUUUUUUUUUGAAAUCAUAUAUUAUUAAUAAAGUCAUUGAGUACUGUC